CAUCAGGACUCUGGAGCCGUCGCAGCCGUCAGGGAAGACGGGGACUGUCGUUUUGUUUAUUUCACAAAAGGUAAACUUUUCUCUGCAAUGUCGGGAUUUGACAGCAACCCCUUCGUCGACCCAGUGGACGUUAACCCUUUCCAGGAUGCCUCAGUCACACAAGCCACCAGCGGAGGCAGUGAACACCUUGGGGAGUUCAACCCAUUCUCUGCAACUGACAUGGGAAACCACUCAGGCACGACCAUCCCCAUCUCUGCAGCCUCCUCUCAACCUGCUGUACUACAGACGUCUGUGGAGCAGAGCGCACAAGCCACUGCAGCUGCUGCCCAAGCUAACCUGAUCAAACAGCAGGAGGAGCUGGAGAAGAAAGCAGCAGAGCUGGACCGGAAGGAGCAGGAGCUACAGAACAGGAACACAGGCAGAGCGAACCCUGGAGCUAAAGAGAACAACUGGCCACCUCUUCCCAACUUCUUCCCUGUGCGGCCCUGCUUCUACCAGGACUUUGAGGAGGAAAUCCCUGAGGAGUACCGCAGGAUCUGCAAGAGAAUGUACUACCUCUGGAUGUUCCAUAGUGCCACUCUCUUCCUCAACGUGCUGGCCUGCCUGGCUUACUUCACUGCAGACGCUAAGUAUGGUGUGGACUUCGGUCUGUCCAUCCUCUGGUUCAUCCUCUUCACCCCUGUGUCCUUCAUCUGCUGGUACAGGCCGGUCUACAAAGCCUUCAGGUCUGACAGCUCCUUCAGCUUCUUUUUCUUCUUUUUUGUCUUCUUCUUCCAAGUGGCAGUGUACAUUAUCCAGUCUGUGGGGAUCCCCAACUGGGGAAACAGUGGAUGGAUCGCAUCAAUCUCCAUGAUCAACACAAACUUGGCUGUGGCUGUGGUCAUGAUGGUAGUCGCUGGUUUUUUCACUGUAAACGCUGUUCUUGGUGUCAUCCUACUGAAAAUGAUCCACUCUAAGUACAGAAGGACAGGUGCCAGCUUCACCAAAGCCCAGCAGGAGUUCUCCCAAGGAGUCCUGACCAACAGAACGUUCCAGUCUGCCGCAGCCAGCGCUGCCUCCUCCGCUGCCCAAGGAACCUUUGGCAGGGGCCAGGGAAAUUAGACCGUUUCCCUCAGGCUAGUCUCUUCUCUGACUAAAUUAUCAGACUAGCCAUGUCCCAGCAUUCUUCCUGGUGUAGAGGAUGGGGGUUUGAUUAUUUAAUGAAAAGGCUACUGAGGUGUCCCCUUUCUCCACCCUUAAAGGCACUGUGGUAUAAUACAGAAGAGAGGCUAGGGGUCUUAUACAUGCAUGGAUUGACUUGCACAUGUCUCGAUUGUUAUUGAAGUCUUUAACACCCUCACCCUAAUUAGCAUGUUCAAACUUCAUGCUAUCAAAAAUCAGUUUAUUCUGGGAAAUGUAGGAAGACACAUACUGAAGUUGAAUUAAACAAGGCAAAAAAAAGGAGUGGGAAUUGAAUUGGCAACACCUCAUCACAACAAGACUCCUGGAAUGCAUUCAACAUAGUAGACUACAGAUGGAUACUACAGCAGCAUGUAGAGCCUUACAGGGUAACCAGUCCAUUAUGCCCUGUACAAUGAAAUGCAACCUGUUACAUGUUACACUACUGAUGAACACAUAAAUAUUUCUCUCUAAAUUUUAUGUUUUCAUGUGUAUAAUACUGUAUUGGAUAAGCUGAUGAUUAAUGAAGGUGAUGGGGUUUUUUCUACUUUUUUGAUCAGCUUAAUGAUUAUGAUGAAGUGAGACAAAAAGCUCUUCUGAGGGCAAAUGAAGAAGUGGUUUAACUGGUGUGUCACAUUUUAAUGCAUGGUGACCCUCUAGAAAUACCAUUAUCUUUUCUGUCAUAGUAUGGAGCCUUGCUCCAGCCAAGGUACAAGUUUAUUAAUGUAAAGUUACUGACAUAGCAUAGAAUUUAGAUGUAUGUACUAAAAAAAGAAAGCACAUUAAUGAGCAGAAAGAACAAUAUUUAUUUGUAGAUUAUCCUUUCUUUGACUUUAUCUCCAUAGUAAUUAUACUGCAGACAAAGUCAUGUGUUACUGAAUAGUUACAGAUAGUUUAUAUUUGUUACUGUAACACUGAAUCACUUUGUUUAGGUGUAACCUCAGGGCCUUUACACAGGUGGAACCUACCAUUUUUUUGUGUGGGGGUUUAAGCACAAGGCUGUUGGUUAUUAGUGUUUUGUCUGAUUUUGUUUUUCUUUAUAGAGAAAUUUGUUUUAUGGUGAAGUUUCCCCCUGACGAUCAGAAUGUGUAAUGAGAUGUGCUGUAAAUAUUGGUGACUUAUUUAAAACAUAUUUACUGGAGGGGUGUUUGUUAGAAAUUGCUUCUCUGUCUUAACAUUCAAUAAACUGACUGUUUUCUUUCUCUUGAAAA